CUUAUACUGUUAAGGAUUUAUGAUAGUAACGUCUGAGCCCUGGUCCCCUUCAGAACUCUUAAUGUCCAGGUCUUUGCGACAGUCGGCAAAUAGUUUACGGCCAGGCUUUACUUCUCUUCCCUUAAUGUUAAUUUCCGUAGCACCUAUAGUUUCUGCUACGUGACCAGAAUAGCGCUGCUACCGGUACUAGAGUUAGCUGCAGAUUGGCAAUGCCUACGCAAGACCUGCGCCCAGCAUUUCGCCGCAUCUUAAAGAUCAUAGACCAAAUAGACCUACCUGAGCUGCUGCGUGAACCCCUUUGCAGCUCGCUGCGACACGCCCGGUCUUCACAACAAGCGCAACAGAGCCAGCAGCGACGGAGCUGCAAUGGUGCAUUUGCGUACCUGCAGUUUCCUCGCCCAGUCUAUGGGUUUCGCGAUGAAGUUAUUGAUUUAACAUGGCGAUGUGACGACCUUAUCGGCACAUCAUCACAACUCACAGCCAUCGCAGUCCAAGUAGCAGUCGAGUGGAACAUUGUCCCGAAAGCGGAGGCCCUUCUGAAACAGCUUCUGCAGUUUACCGAACAGUACCCAUGCAACAAUGCAGGGGCCAAAGGUACAGCACCGACGACCUCCGGCUCUGCUGCGGCUACCUCUUCCAGAUUUCCUCCCCCAGCAAGGGCAGCUAGCAGCAGCAGACGGCUCAUGCAUACAGCGCGCGUCGCGUUCCUGGCUAACGAGCUUGUAUACCUCGUGACUGCAUGUGCCCGACUGGGCUGGAAUACGGCCGCGGGCAGUGCUACAGCGGCACGCAAUCGUGCUGUUGCAACUGCCAUCGCCUCUGACCGCACGCGGCUGUACGAACAGCUCUGCGACGCCGCCGUCGGACAUGCCAUGGCCGCUGCCGUACGGUUCGUCCAAUCUGACGUCUGGCCGCUGCUGGCGGAGCCGAAGCCCGAGGAGGACGGGGUGCAGGAUGAUGCAGAAGGCCGGAUGCAGGUCCUGCUGGGACUCUGGGAGCAUGGGUGCGAUAUCCUGCACGCUGUAGCAAGCACCCUUCACCACCUGAGCACCUGGAAUGACAGCAGCUGCAUGACUCCGCUCCAGCAGCAGCAGGCACAGCAGCUGCUGCAGCAGAGCGGCAUCAUCGCGGCCGUUUGCGGCGCACUCGCCACCGUGUCCCCCCGCCAGUACGAGGCCUCAGGCGCGCUGGCGGGUGCCUGCCCGAACCGCAUCAAGGGCCCUCUGAAUCGGUUGCAAACGGCAGUGUCUUACAUGAUGAAAGCCACCAUAACUCUUUGCAACCUUGGAUUGAAUGCGGGUAGCGCGGUCCUGGCGGAGGUCCUGGCUGCGCCCGAGGUGGUGGCGCUGCAGCGGGGGCUGCUGGAGAGGAUCAUCCAGGACGGAGGCGGCGGAGGCGAUGAGGGUGCUGAUAUGAGUUCUUCCGGCGGCACCAGCGUCUCCUUGCCGCUGCUGGACAGCAUUCCAAGCCUUGAAGAGGUGCUGGCAGAUGCAGACCCCACCAUGGAGGAUCCCACCAGCAAAAACAUCGCAUGUGCGCAUGUCACCAUCGUGAACUCCGUGAGUAAGUCGUGGAUGGCAUUAGACCGCGCAAUGGGGCUGCGCUCCGCUGCGCCUAGCCCACGCGAGCGCAUGUGGCUGGGACUGCGGCUGCUGCGGGCGCUACACCGCCUCACAUGCGGCCGUGGUGUCGGUGGGAAGUACGACAUGACGUCGGCGCAAGUGACGCCGUGUCUGACGGCUGUGCUCCUUCUGCAGAGCCUUGUGGCCCCUUUCCUAGAAGGGUCACUGACUGGCUGGCAGGAGGCCGUUGCUUGGUGUAUGGCGAUUGUGACUGAGGUGGUGCUUCACGGCUGGCCACUUCACAACAGAACAGUGUGGGCAGUCCUUCCGGAACUCCUGAACCAAUGGGCUAAGAUGGCUGCGCUACCUGAUGCCGCCCACCACAGCCUGCCGGCACGGCUGAGCCGCGCACGGCUGCUGCGCACGUUCGACACCCUCCUGCGCAUCACAGCCGAGACCAGCAGGGCAGCAGCUGCAGUGACACCGGGGGUCGCCACCGCACUCGCCGCCGCCUCUUCCUCUGCCGUUGCGGCGACCAGCGCGGAUCGGCCCCCGGCCCUAGUUGCUGUCCUGUCCUGUGCACAUGAGAUGCUGCGGCAACCGUUGGUUGAAAUGCUCCUGGAUACCUGGGAGCGGCGGCGGGGGGCGACAGGAGAGAACGGAG